CACGGCUUCCGUGUCCCCCCGCUGCAGGAUGGCGACGUGCAGAGACACCUGUACCUGCGGGAGGUCCUCACGGGCCGCGCCGAGGAGGCGGAGAGGCCCAGGGUGUCUGAGUUUUGCUGUCACAUCUCCGGCUGCUCUCAGGUGUUCGACACGCUGGAGGGCUAUGAGCACCACUACAACACGCUGCACCGGAGCGUCUGCUCCUUCUGCAGGCGGUCCUUCCCCUCGGGGCACCUUCUGGACAUCCACAUCUCCGAGUGGCACGACUCACUCUUCCAGAUCAUGGCUGAGAAGCAGAAUAUGUACAAGUGCUUGGUAGAAGGCUGUGCAGAGAAGUUCAAGAGCAGCAAAGACAGGAAGGACCACUUGGUCACUGUUCACUUGUACCCUGCUGACUUCCGAUUCGAUAGACCAAAGAAAGUGAAGAGUGAUGCCAAGCACGUGAGCUGUCCCACAGAACAUGAUGGGAGCAUGCUGAUGGAUGUCAGUGUGGAGACCUCAGAGCAGCUCCAGGCUGACCACAUGGAAGUAGUGCCCAGUGAGAGCAUGGAGGUCCCUCAGCCUGCAGCCAGCCCUUCAGUACCAGAGAAACGUCUCUAUAAAUCCAGGAUCCCAUCCACAAUCUGCUUUGGACAAGGUGCCACCCGAGGAUUUAAAGGCCCACGUAAAAAAGUCUGAAUGUCAGCACAGUAGAUUUGCGCAAGACAAAAAGACACCAGCAAUUGUGUCCAAGCAAGAAUGUUUGCCGUUGUGUGCAAGGAUCUGCUCCAUAGUGGGAAAAUGAAAAGGAGAAAAUGAAAAGGAGAAAAGAGGAGUGGUGCUGUUCAUAUCUAAAUAUCUAAAUGCCUCAGGAGGUGCUUUGCCACAGUCCCUUUGUGUCUAUGUACCACGUCUCUUUGGCAGGAAUUCAGAGAAGAGCCUUGCUUGUAUUUAUUCUCUGUUAGACUCAAAAGCUCUCCUCUCUGAUUUCCCCUGAAAUCAAACUGGAAAUAAAUUUUUCUGCCUCUCUG